AUGUCUACAUUCGAUAAUUUGCCAUGUGAAAUGAUAAUAGACAUAUUCGAUUAUAUACCUACAUCGAAUGUUAUUGACUCAUUUUAUAAUUUAAACUCUCGAUUAAAUACGAUCAUUUAUAAGUUGAAUAACACAACCUUCGAUUUAUCAAAUAUUUCAAAGAAUAAGUUCAAAUUCUAUUGUCAACAUUUCAUUCCAAAAUGGCAGAACAGUUUAAAAUCAUUAAAAUUAUCCAAUCAAGUUACAAUUGAUGGUAUAAAAUUAUUUAAUUCACGAUGUAAACUUGAAGAAUUAUCACAUUUACGUUCAUUGACAUUAAUUAAGCCAACAUAUCUUGAGAUUGGAAGCAUUAUUUCAAAAUUGUCGAACCUAAAACAACUAACUUAUUUAUCGAUAAUAUCCAAUGAAUAUCCAUCAGACAUCUUGAAAUCACUAUUUACACUUUCAUCGUUGAAAACAUGUUGUUUACUUGGAUUUGAAGUAAAUGAUUUCGAUUCUGAUACGGACAUAUGUAACAUCGAAUAUUUAACAAUUACUUGUGUUAAUGUGAAUAGUAUGUGUCAACUUCUCUAUCAUCUACCAUUGCUUAACCGUUUAAUAGUAACAAUUAAGGAAGAAAAUGAUCCAACAACAAUCACAUUGUCUACUGACACAUUUCAAAAUUUAAAACAUUUAGAAUUAAAAGUGGACAAUAUUCCGUUUUUACAAAUUGAAUCAUUACUUCUUAAGUUUCCUUACAUUGAGUAUUUAUCAUUUUCUAGCCAUACUGACAAAGAUUUGGAUCCUGACCUAAUUGAUAGUCAACAUUGGGAGACGAUUAUCUCAUCGUUAACAUUACUAAAGCACUUCAGUCUCUAUAUAGAUUUAUCUCGUUGCUUUCCGAUCGAUAUUGAUUGUAUCUAUUCAAAAUUUCAAACAGAUUUCUGGAUCAAUAGAGAAAUUCAUGUCAAUUAUUUAAUUACCGAUUUAUCCUACAUUCUUCAUACGAUACCUUAUCCAGAACAAACAUUUGCAAUUGAUUGGACAUAUUUUAAAACAAAAUCAUUAAAUUUCGCAAAUAAUUAUGAUCGUGUGCAUAAUCUAUCCAUUACGUUCAACAAUGAUGAAAGCAAACACUCUGCACUAAAAUUUACAAAUUUACAGUCAUUACAAAUACUCGAUUUUGAUGGAAUACCAUUAGAGUUUAAUGAAUCAAUUGAACUUGAUAAAUUAAGACAUUUACAUUUGUCUUGCAAAACUUUUCAAAAUAUGGAAUUAUUGAAACGAACAAAAAAUCUUCAUUCGUUAACUUUAUUAAACUGUGAUCUUAAACAAACAAUAUUUAAUGAUCUAAUUGUAAUGGAGAAUAUGAGUAGAAUCAAAGAACUUAAAUUAUAUGGAUUAAAUUAUACAAGUGAGACUGUUGAUCUUAUAGUGUCUGUAUUUUCCAAUAUUGAAUCUUUAACGAUUGAAGUUAAGACACUCGAAUAUUUUGGUAGCAUUUUAAAACAACUAUUGAACAAAUUAACCAAAUUAAUUCAUUUACAAGUAUACUCUAGAGACGAUGAAAAAAAUACGUGGUCUUCAUGGACAAAAAGAAAUUCUAGACUACUUAAAAACUUAUGUUAUCGAAGUUUUAAUCGAUUUUUAUUCUUCUGGUUAUAA